AUGGCAAGACAAGCACAAGAGAGUGCUAACCAGGAAUCCGCGGGUGCUAUUACCACCAGCUCGCCAUUGCCACCGUUCGAGCCGCCAACCGUCAGAACAAUUGCUGAUCCGGUAGUAGAGUCUUUCGAACCGGUGACUGACAACAGAGUUGUACCGUCCCCAGCUCAAAGCCAAAGCAAUCCAGCUGCAAUUAUUGUUCCUCAAGAGGAAUAUGUACAGGAGACUCCGAUCCUGCGCACAGCACAUCAGAUCUACCAACAGAACAUUGAGCCGAGAACCGCGGAAUCACUGCACAGCACCCGCAAUCCUGUUCUAAACGACCUAAUGAAUGUCCUCUCAAACAUUGCCCAAAACCAAAGAGCAACAGAGAGAAACAUCCUACAACAAACAACCCACAUGGUCCAAGAUAUGGAACAGAGACUCGGUGCACAAAUACAUGAAAGAGCUGAGUCUUUAAGAUCCAGAGCAACUAGCAGAAGAUCUCGGGCCAGAAGUCCAGCCCGUUCGGAGUCAAGUUAUGCGCGCAGAUACGAACGCGGUGAUCCGUCCGACUCGGAAGACGAAUCAAUCCAACCGACACCAACUCGUAACGCGCCGACUCACCGAAUCCGUUCACGCAGCCCAACGCCGAUACCUCGUAACAGAGGUCUGAAGCUGGAAGUCAGACUAAAACUUCUGCAAAAGUUCGAUGGAUCGAAUGACUUGGAUCAUUUCCAAACAUUGUUCACAAAAUUCGUCCUUGAGGACACGGAUCUGAACCCGGAAGCAAAACACGCAGUGCUGAUGAACCACAUUACCGGUCCAGCUGCAAAAUGCGUUUCACACGCCAGAGACCCCUCAGUCGCCAUUAUGAUGACAUUCUCAGCACUGAAUAAAGUCUAUGGAAAAGUGAAUAAUAAACACAAUCUGCUCAGAAAACUGCAAAGCUUACCAUUCCAUCAAACCGACCCAGACGCCAUGCGGCUAGACGCGGCCUCUCUUACCAACGUCCUUCAACAACUAAAGGACAAAGGAGUACCCGCGGAUGAUCACAUGACUAUGUGGGCGAUUGCGUGCAAACUCCCCGAGAACAUGCAAAAAAGCCUUGCCAAAUAUACUGUCAAGAUGGGAGAAUGUCUAACCCACGAUCUUAUUCUAGACAGAAUCAGUCGAGAUAUUGAGACGAUGGCAAUGGAACAAACGUAUGUCAGCCAACGCAGUCCCCCAGCCAAUGAGCUGACGGGAUCAUACGCAACUGUCAACUUUGCAAAUGCAACACCGAGCAGACAAAAAUCCGCGGUUCAGUCCAAAGGAAAUAACCCAAGUGGUACCCGCAAGCCAGUAUACGAUCCAAAACUACUCGAAUCGGAAUACAUCGACCCGAUUACAAAGGCUAAAUUGGAGGGUAUCUACGCUCCAGGACCAAAAGGUGUCAAUCUCAGAGUCAUCUACCGCACUUUCCCUUUCCACGAAAAGGAAGAAACCAAAUGCAAGGUAUGCCGCGGAGAUCACCACGAGAUCCGAUGCACCCUCUCAAGCAAAGCAUUCCGAGACAUGUGCAAGACGAAAGGAUUAUGCGCAAUCUGUACUCGAAAACAUGACAUCACAGCUUGCGGUUCCACCUACCGUUGUGGAUAUUGCAACGGAGCACACCACCUCGGUGGCUGCCCACAGAAAGAGUUCUAUAGAGACAUGAAGAACUACCCAAAGGACGCUCCAGAAGUGGCCACGUUUUUUCGUGCCUCACACCCCAACAAAUCGAAGUAA